AUGGCAACAGCAAGCGAACGAGUGGAGCUAGUCAAGACGGUCGACGCCCUCGAGGCUGCCGAGGACCCAGUCGAACGGUGCUUCGACUCCAAGUAUGCCGCCCGGAGCCAUCUUGAGGCCGCACUCGCUGCGAGUGGGGACAGUGCUGCGGACAGAGUCGGCGAUGGUGGUCAUGAUGGUGGUGGCGAGGCUGUGUCCGAUGCAAAGGGCAGGGGCGCCAUCGAGUGGGAGGCUUAUCUCGGGUAUCGGCUGGGGCUCAACUAUCUGGCGACCGAAGAGCGGAGCGAGGGCGAGCAGAAGCUGCUGCAGGCGCUGGAGAACGGUCUCACCGACAUCUCGCCGUUGGCUGCGCUUGAUGCUCACAACUCGUUGGCGGUGCUGUAUGCCAAUCGCAGUGAGGUCGAGGCUUCGGAGGAGCAUCUGACAGCAGCCAUCGAGCUGUACCAGCAAAUGGCGCGGCCGCCGCCGUCGGUCAUUCCCGGUGUGACCGACGACGACGACGGCUCCGCCGCGAGCCGCUUCCUCGAGCACCUGCACACCACCUCCCUGUUUGUACUGGCACAGGUGGCGGCGGCUGCCGGGCGAGUUGACGAGUCGGCCCAGUGCUGCCGGGUCACGCUCGAGAGGCAGAUCGCGGCCGUCGGCGACGGCGGCUUGCCGGGCGAGCCGUGGGCGUGGGUGGCCAACGCGACCAAGCUCGCGGGCUACUACGCGACUCGCGGCGGGUUUGCCACCGCGCGGGCGCUCCUCGACUCUGCCGACAUCAUGUGCAAGCGGACCGAGGCCGCUGGACCCGGGACCGAGGCCGGCAUUGAGGCCCGCGGCGACAUCUACAUCGCGGCCGCCUCGCUGGUAGGCGAUCUGCUCGCGGCGUGGGCGAGUUCCACCGACGGUGAGUACCAGACCGUUGACCUCUUCCCGCAGCUGGCAGCCAGCGGUGAGGACGCAAGCGUGCUGAGCGGGCUUGACCUCACACCGGUUGCUGGAUUCAAGGCUGCGCAGCCGGCAUUCCUCAUCGGCCUUCGGGCGGUCGAGGCUGCGCUGAGCACCUUUGUACUCGACGGGUACGUGAGCAAGCACGUGGAGGCGCUCAUUCACAAGGGCCGGUUGUACGAGCUCCUCAAGCGCAAGGUCAACGCGCUCGAUCCGGUCAUGAAAGAGCUCAACUAUGCCCACUUUUACGCUGCCUGGCUCCAGCUCUCGUACGAGGUGGCGUCGGCGCUGGUCGGCAUCUACGAUGCCAAGGCGGCUGCGGUGCGCGACGGGCGAGCGGUGCACACCACGCAGCGGCUCAACGAGGUGGCGGUCAAGGCAAUUGCUUCGCUCACGCUUUACAUUGCGGUGGCACAUGGAGCAACACCCGGAUCGGCCGAGAGCCGCGAGCCAGGCGCGCUCGACGCGGCAAGCCUCAAGGUCGACAACGAGGCGCUCGGCAACUACGUGACGGCGCGGCACAUGCGCGGGCGGCUGUACACGGCGCUGCGGGCGGCGUCAGAUGCGGCAACGGUCGAGAACCUCGACGCCGCCGAGGCCGACUACCGCGCCAUCAAGGACGUGCUCGAGCUCCGCGGCGACGAGGUCGACAGCGAGGUGGUCGACCCUCAGCUGCUGGGCAUGACCGAGGAGAUGCUUGAGCUCAUCCCGCAGCUCAAGGCCGCGGCGGCGGACGGGCAGUUGCAGCCGCGGUAGCAUCACUCUGUGGGAAAAGUGUAGUUGAUGGCGCGUUCGGUGGCCGAGACGGCAAUCUUGCGCAUCCACUUGCGGAGCUUUGAGUUGGACGAGUCAGACCCGGCUUCGUCGGCGCGGAGCCGUUCCUCGCCG